CAGGAAUUUUUCCUCAUUUCGCAUAUCUGACCACAAACUCUUCACCAGCGUCACCUCUUACUUCUGGCCUCCCUCUCUCCUCCUCUCCUCUCUCCUCUUCUCUUCACGAUGACCGAUACCAUUCACCCUCCUCCCGCAACUACUGCCACGACCACUGCCACUGCCACUGCCACUGCCACUGCCAACAACACCACCACCACCACCGCCACCAACGAUGCCUCGAGACGCCAGCCCCAGUCCUCCUCCUCUCCCUCCAGUGCCUCCGAACUCGCCAGUCAACAGAUAAGCCUCCGGGCCGCCCUUCGUCAGUUUCCCGACUUUCCCAUCCCCGGCAUCGACUUCCUCGAUAUCCUACCCCUCUUCUCUGACCACCAACGCCACACGAGUCUGAUCCGCGCGCUCGAACUACAAGUGCUGGCCAUGAACCAUGGAGUCAAGCCAGAUCUCAUCGUCGGCCUGGAUGCGCGAGGCUUCCUCUUUGGGCCCAGUCUAGCCUUGCGCUUGGGGGCUGGCUUCGCGCCGGUCAGGAAGCAAGGAAAGUUGCCGGGCCCCACGGAGACGGCCAAGUUUGAGAAGGAGUAUGGUGCCGAUGGGUUUGAGAUUCAGAAGGAUGCUGUGAAGAAGGGGCAGACGGUCUUGGUGGUGGAUGACAUUAUUGCUACGGGUGAUUAUCUCUUUCUAAAGAAUAUUUGCUUCUCAUCUUCUAACCCCUCACAGGUGGUUCUGCUGCCGCCGCCGGUCAACUGGUCCAACAACUCGGGGGCAACCUCAUGGGAUAUCUCUUUAUUCUCGAAAUCGACUUUCUCAAAGGGAGAGAUAAGCUGAACGCUCCUGUCUAUACGUUACUCCGCGAGGAUUUCAAAACCGGAAACUAGUUCUUCCCCUAAUAUCCCCUCCACGUUUUUCCUUUCCACAUUUUUCCUGCGGAGUUUCUCGGUCGGUCGGCAUCUUUUUUCCACCUUUUCGACAUGUAGACGCAUUUCUGCGUGGGUUUCCUGCAACCUCGAUCUCCACGACAGGAUUCCCUCUGGAAUAUUUGGCAAUGAACUGGACGAUAUUGGCUCAAUGGAUGAGCGCAAGAGUGGUUAUUUACGGUUGAUCAUUUGAGAUUUGUAAAUACUGGGGGUCAUUAAUGGGGCAUGUGAAUACAGGGCGGGGCCGGAUAACGCCGCUGGUGCUUUUUACCCCUCCUCCCACUUUCGGAGGUGGAGGAAGGGCCGAUGGAUGACUGGAUGGAACAUGGAUGGAAGGGAGGAUUGAUAUAAAAAAGCAUCUCCUUCCCUUUUUUUCUUUUUUCUUUCUCUUUUACACAAAAUCAAUUCUAGAAUAAUGAAUACAAUGCACCCGCGAUGGGAUUCAAGAUUCCAGAUUCAACAUUCAACAUUCCCACUUCGCUUAGCUGGUAUGAAUGAACUGGGUGCAAAUAUCUGUCGCCGAAUGAAUCGACUACCUAUCUACCAGGUAUCGCACAGUAAUCCUACGUACGUCAUCUGAAAGCAAGACUAUAUCCGUAGGUAGGUAACCUCCUUAUAGGUAGCACAGUAAAGGUACAAUCCCGUAUCGAUGAUAUUAUAUACCUAAGCUAUACUAUACUGUAUCCCGUCCUUCCACCUUCCCUAGGUAGGUAAACUCUUAACUAAGGUACACCCCGUAUAAACCCUUGAUGAUCCCUUAAUGAUCCUAUUGUAUUCCGAAGGUAGGUGGGUAGGUUGGUUGGUAGAUUGGUAGGUAGGUUGGUAAAUAUCCUUUAUAUUAAUUAUUGUACUCUAUGAUAUUUUGUAGUUCAAGG